AUUAUCUUGAGUCAACUCCACAGGUAAAAACCUGAUUGUACUCAACGGACGGUGAGACUAGGAAUCGGAGUCUGGGACUGAGUAUUGGUCUUUUGUCCAAGGCAACGACUUCGAGGUGUAGUGCGAAACACGUCACACGUCUUUCGAAUAUUUCGUGUUCGGAAUUCUUGCCCGCUUUUGCAAAAAAGAAUAUUUACUAACAAGUUUAACGGUAACAAGAGUGCUACGCAUCCUUUCUAACCAUGUAACAUCCCUAUUGGCAUCCGAAGUGAGUAUCAUAAUAAGAAUAUCUUUUCAUCUCGAACGGGUGCUUCCAACCUAAUCUAUCCAUACCCGCAUGUAUGUAGGUUAUUGGGUUCGAGGACUUAACUUCCCAGUGAUGUCUCUGCCUAUGUGUUGCGUUUGAAAGUUUCUUUCCUCGUGACGCAUCGAAGUCUUUCUCUACUCGUUCAAACAACCCGGAAGUCUCGUCCACUGCAGUUUGCGGAUGUGGCCUUCAAAACAUCACACCUUCUUGCUAUCUUUUGUGCUACUUCUCGAAACCAAUUUGUGCCGUGCUUGUCGCUGAUCUGAGUUUCUAAUGCCCAUUGGAAACGUGCGGAAGAAAGUGCGUAAAGAGUAUGUUAGUGCCUAAAGAAGUGUGAAAAGUGUUCUGGCGUCUUGGUCACUUGAAAUGCGGAAAAACGAGGCAUUAUACUAGCCUAAAAUAUCUACUCGCGGUCGCUCACCCAGAAAGUUUGUCCGUUCCACUUUAGUGAUCCCCGCGAUUUCCGUUCGAGUGAAAAGUUAUUAUGUAAAUGAGAAGAAUAAGAAAAGGUGAUAAAAGAAGUUGCAAAAGCAUCCACGAUUGUUGCAUUCCAGAGAAGAGAAGAAGGCGUCAGCCCCAUCGCCGCUGAACCAUUCACUUUGCCGAUUUCCAACUGAAGGUCAACUAUUCGCAACUGUGCAGCGCUGCAGGCGUUAAAUAUCAGCAACCGGAUUCCAGUAUCAUUAGCAUCGAGUUGACCCUGUCUCUGUUGCUAACGGCGCCAUUAUUAUCAUCUCGGCGCUAUGCGGCGUAUCUCGAGCGAUAUCAGAUGGAUAACCUACUUCUUGGUGGUUAGCUGCUGCUACAUUCUCCCCAUUUCACGAUGCCAAAUUAUCAAUCGCUUACCACAUUUCAUACCUGGGUCGGGGGACAUGGCUCGGUUCAGCUUGUCGGAGAACACCACCGUCGGCAGUGUCGUUUAUCAGUUACGAGGUAGUGACCCGGAAGGUGAUAAACUGCAUUACAGCAUAUCAGGACCAGUUUUCAGCGUGAAUCGGGACACAGGAGUGGUGCGAUUACGUCAGGAGCUGGAUCGUGAAACGCAAGAUUCCGUGGAAGUAAUCAUAAGUAUCACAGAUGAAGGAGUCCUUGGCACGGAGCCCAACACUGUGUCAAUUCGAAGGGUCAUCCCGAUUCGUGAUUACAACGACAAUGCUCCGACAUUUGUUGGUCGACCAUAUACAGCCAAUGUUAGUGAAUCAACUCCUGCAGGAAGUUUUAUCAACAUCACAUCUCCGGUAAUAGUAACUGAUCGUGAUGAGGGUAUAAACGCUGAAAUCAAAAUCUCCUGUUAUUCGGGGGAAAAUCAUGAAAGCGAUAUCUGUGAAACCUUCCAAGUCACCAGCGAGAAGAUUUCAGAAGGAAACUACACAGCUAGUCUCAGUUUGUUGAAAAUGUUGGACUUUGAAACACGACCAUCUUACAUAGUAACGAUCAUGGCUAAAGAUAGUGCAACUACUAAUCCAUUGACUGCAUUCGCUUCGAUUUCAGUGAACGUUGUUGAUGUUCAAGACCAACCGCCAAUUUUCUUAAAUGCGCCGUACUCAGCAACCAUGGACGAAAAUACCCCAGAAGGAACAUCAAUUCUAAGAAUCAACGCAAUAGACGGAGAUACAGGAAACCCACGACCACUGGUCCUCUCACUUGAAAAUGAGAACAUGGGCCAUUUCAAACUAGAACCUAUUGGAGACCCUACAGAAGGAAAGGCAAUUCUCCUGACCACUGCCACCCUAAUCGAUCGAGAAAGCCCUGAAAUCCUUCAAAAUGGAGGCGUUUAUACAUUCAACGUUAAAGCGACUGAGUUGGCAGGCAACGAACUUACAGAAGACUUUUCAAUUACUCAAGUGACAAUCGUAGUAACAGAUGUAGACGACCACUUUCCAGAGUUUAACCAACACUUGUAUGAAGUCUCAAUUCCAGAGAAUUUGGAAGCAGAAACUCCACUUCCUGGACUAUCAAUAUUCGUUGUAGACAAGGAUCUCGGUGCUAACAGUCGAUACAAUUUGUCAUUAAGAAAUGUGAUGAACGCCAACGAAGUGUUUGCAGUGAGUCCCACAUAUGGAGAAGAAAGAACUCCAGUUGUCAUCAAAGUAGUGGAUCCUUCAAAACUGGACUAUGAUGUUGAGGAUGAAUCACUAAGGACCUUGAUUUUCGAUAUUGUCGCCUCAGUGCAAGGGCUGGAGUUGGCUUUAGCCAGAGUAACUGUCAAUUUACAAGAUGUAAACGAUAAUGCUCCAGCAUUUGACCAGCUGAGCUACCAAAUUUCUGUUGAAGAAAAUACCGCGAUAUCGACAAAAAUUGCAAACAUAACAGCAACCGAUCGGGAUUCCGCAGAUUAUGGAAACGUGACUUACAUCCUCAAAGGGUUCGGAAGUGAUUACUUCUACACAGAUCGAUUGACUGGUGGAAUAUAUGUGAAGAAAAACUUGGAUUAUGAAAAGCAAACCAGUUACAGUUUGAGCAUAGUUGCUGUAGAUGGGGGUGGUCUCGAAACCAAUGCUAAUUUGCAGAUCAAUGUAAUCGACCUGAAUGAUAACUCCCCCGAGUUUGAAUCCACGGAAUAUACACGGACAGUUCGAGAGGGUGCUAGCGAAUUUGAACCACAGUUUUUCGUUCGGGCUACAGACAGAGAUGGGCCUACCCAGGGCGGAUCAAAUGUAACCUACGCUAUCGACUCAGAUAAUAGUAUCUCAGGAAAUGUGUUUUCGAUUGACGAAAUUACUGGUGAAAUACGUUUCAGAAGAAUUGCUAAGUCGAUGGACACAGAGAGAGGCGAAUAUGAACUGGUUGUUUCAGCCAAAGAUCAUGGAAUACCACCAUUAAGCAAUACAACUCGAGUUCUAGUACGCGUUGGCAUAUCUGGAAACCAACGACCAGUUUUCAAAGGUCAUUUUCGGAAUACCGAAAAACUGCCUGUUGUCGGGCCUCCAAGCUACCGAGCAUCGAUCCCUGAAAAUGCCAAACCUGGUGACAAUGUAACAAUCGUAUCGGCCUCCGACCCUGAUGGACUGGAUGAGCUUCUUACCUACAGAAUUGUUGGUGCUAAUGAUAACUUCGUUAUAGAUGAAAAAAGCGGACUCAUCAAAGUUUCACCACAGGCUCGACUCGACCGGGAUUCAAAUCCAAACGAUUUUCAAAUAAUUGUCAACGCUGUGGAUGCAGGAUUUCCAAUACCUGAAACAGCAACAACGACGGUCUAUGUUAAGAUAGAAGACAUCAAUGACAAGCCCCCCAAAUUCAGCCAAACUAAUUAUAUUGCCUACAUAUCAGAGAGAUCAGAGAUAGGGUCGGAUGUCUUACAAGUUAUUGCUACCGAUACUGACUUAGAUGCAAAGCUUGAAUACAAAAUUAAGGAACCCAUGAGAGCUACGAGCAAAGCCGGUGUCCCUGUAAGCCAAAGUUCAUACAAUAUCAAGACACUUUUCAAAAUUAAUAAAGACACUGGCAUGAUUUCCGUGAAUGGAACUCUGAACCACGAUUUAGCUGCUGUAGUCAUUUUAACAGUUCAAGUAACAGAUUUAAACGCUUUUUUGAACAAGGAACAUCAAGUUGCAACGGCUGACGUGACGAUCUAUGUUCAAUCCUUCAAAGAUACUAACCCUGUUUUUAAAAACAAAGGCUGGACCAGUGCUAAGCCCGUAAUAAGCAUCCGCAUCAAGGAAGAGAUGCCUAUUGAUUCUACGGUGUUCACUCUUCAAGCUGAGGACCCUGUAUUAGGAAGGCCCAUAAAUAGCUUUGUUAUAACAAGACCUGACUCUGGAGGCUACUUUGAUUUAAAUGACCGCACUGGAGAAAUUAUGUUAAGAAAACGACUCGACUACGAAAACCUAACAAGCAACCAUUUAUCUAUGAAAGUUAAGGCAAACAGCAAUGAUGGUGGCCGCUCUUCUGAGACUGAACUAAAUAUCACUGUGAUCAACGUUAACGAUAAUAACCCGAUAUUCGACCAGCCUGAGUACAAAGCGACUAUAGUGGAAAAUGAGAAAUAUCCGAAGAAAAUAAUAUCUGUGCAUGCCACUGACCUCGACGCCACCCUUAACGAUUACGACGACAAGAUUGGUUUUAACACAGUAUCGUACUCACUUCAGGGAGAACACGCGAAUCUAUUCCAAAUCCAUAAUAUUUCGGGCGAAAUCACUAUCGCACCCAAUCAAACGAUUGAUCGGGAGCGCACUCCUCUAAUUAAACUGAAAGUCAAAGCUGUUGAUGCUCCAGGAAUGCCCACCGAUUCGAAAACGGGGACUGCUAAUCUUUUUAUUGAUGUACUAGAUAUUAACGAUAAUCCUCCCAAGUUUUCUCAGGCAAGUUUCACAGCAGUAAUUCCGGAGAAUGCUGCUGUUGACUCUUUUGUUACGAAGGUGAUCGCAACGGAUCCAGAUGACGGGCCUGGAGGAGAAAUACGAUACGACUUUCUUAACGAAGGUGAAGUUAACGGACUGCUUAAAUUAAACCCUGUGACUGGGGAGAUACGAGUUUUGAAACCCCUAACAGGAAAGGGACGAUCUGAUCCCUAUGAAAUGGUUGUGAGAGCGCAAGAUAAUGGAGGUCAAGUUCCAAAACAAACAUCUUUGUAUAGUGAUGCUAGUCUUAUGUUAUUCAUUGGAGAUGUCAGCGCUAAUGAUGGUAUUCCAUAUUUCAUAGAACCAAAGAUUGGACAGUUCGCAAAUGUUUCCGAGAAUGCUACCAUCGGUUCGCCAGUAUUCCAAGUGAUCGCGAGUGAUCCAGACAGCCCCUCUACUCCUUCUGGAAUGUUAACGUACAAAAUCCAGGAAAAUACUUUGGAUGCCAGUGCAUUUCGCAUUGAUCCAGAUACAGGUCUUAUAACAACAAUGAUUCUUCUGGAUCGGGAAGAAAAGGAUCGCUAUAAAAUUAUAUUGGAAGUAUCAGAUAAUGGAGAGCCACGUCAAUCUGUAACCAGCGUGCUGAAUAUCAACAUUUUGGAUAUCGACGACCAUAAACCUCGAUUUGAUCGUGAUGUGGACGCCGAACCCCUCGAAAUGGAAGUAACGGAAGAAGAGCCAACCGGCACAAUUGUUGGCAACAUAUCAGCUGUGGAUGAAGACAUAGGUGAAAAUGGUGCUAUUGAUUAUAUAUUCGUGGACGGCAACGAGGAAGGCUACUUUGAAAUGUUAAGAACGGACGAAAAUAAGGCGAUCAUAAGAACUAAUAAAAAAAUUGACCGGGAAACAAUCAAUAAAUUUAUCCUAACCGUCAAAUGUUUUAAAUAUGGCUUGAACCCUCAAGAUAUCUCCAGAUCGGAUUAUACAAAAGAGGAUUUAUCUGAAAUUCAAGUUUUAAUUAAAGUUCUUGAUAUUGACGAUCACCUCCCAGCGUUCCUUCAAAAGAAUCCUGCCAUCGGUGUUCGAAUAAAUGUUCCAGUUGACACCGCCAUAGCCACAAUCAAUGCUGAGGACCAGGAUCCUGAUGCCUUGCCCGUAGUCUAUUCACUUGAAAACAUCACAUUCAUUCCUCAGUUCUAUAAGCGUUACAAUAUUUCACCGAAUUCCUACAAGGAACUUUUCACGUUGAACAAUCAAACGGCCGAAAUAAGGACCAAUGGUAGUUUAUCCGACUUUGUUGAUGGAUACUUUGAAUUGCUGAUCAAAGCCAAUAAUUCACACAAAGUUAAGCGAUUUUCCACGAAUCGUGUCAAAGUUUUCGUUAUCCGAGACAAGUCCUUAUUGCGAUUUGUCUUCUCGCGACCACCAGCUGAUGUCCGAACCGCAAUUCCGGACUUCCAGCAGAAAGUUCAGGCUAAACUGAAACCACUGAAACUGGAACUUCAUGUUUUCGACACCCAAGUAUUGACGAAAGCUGAUCACAGCCUGGAUUUCAGUGCCACUAGUUCCUGCUUCCAACUAUUCAAGGAUGGCUCGGCUUUGACUUUGAAUGAAAUGACCAAAGUAAUGGACGGAGAAAACCUGAAAAACCAACUUUCGGAUAUCUACCGUGAAUUUGAUGUUAGUCAGGUGGAGUCGUGCUCUGUGAAGCGAAAAUACGUAGCUGCUAGUCUUAUAUCAUCGGCGGGGACAUGGUUAGUCAUUCUCUCCGCAUUGAUAGGUGUUGCUGCAGUGGUUGCAACGUGCACUAUCUAUUGUUUAGCGAAAAAGUACAAGAAGAGAUCAAAACGUAUACCUAUAGCGAGAGUUCCUCCCGAACCUUAUGGUGCUGCAGCACCUGUCUUCUUCUCGGAGCCUAUUUAUGGACCUUUGUAAAUACAACGAUGCAAACAAUUUGCGAAUACAUAUAUACUUUGAAAUGCGCUUAAUGUUCAGAAAUAAUAUUACUUUCUAGGAUUCGCUGUAAGAUGCAUUUGUGAUAAAAAUACUCAAUAUAUAAUAUACCCUUUUACAAAUACCAUAAGUGAAUGUAAAGCAAAUGGAAAAUAUUAUCCUCAUUUAUCUUUAAACGUAGUUGUUUAGUUUUAAGCAAAAUUAUAUUUAUUUCGUGUUGUAUCAAUGAAAUUGAAUAAUGUUAAGUCAAAAAUUAAAAUUAGUACAAAAUUAUA